CCAAAGUUUACCACUCGGUACAUUUAACCGCUCAGGUUUUCCUUGAAUGGAACGUCCAUUUUUCUGUAGUGUAGAUCAUUUUUUCCGUGUGAUUUUAGUUUAACCACAUUCCUAGUUUCGUUAGAAGCAAUGGUUUCUGUUCCGGUGUCGCUAUUUUCCAUUUGUGCAACGUUACUCAUCGCAUUGCUUCAACCUACGGAUGGGUUAAGUUCGUUCCUUUCGGUUGCAAUUCACAACAGUGGCUUUCAUCGGGAAAUAAACUACGGGCUCCGUUUCGGUGGCAUCGGUCGGAUGUCAUGUGAGCUUUUGCUGGUCCAACAUCUACCGGCAGCAAUCUACGUGAACACCGAUCAGCUGGUGGACAUGAAAAGGUUUCAUAAAAUAAACAGCUACGUUCCGCUGUACGUGGACGUGGAAAAGACAACGAGCAAAUCCGAUCCCUUCACCGUGUACCUGUACGAAUCGGUACGGAAGGAGGUCAACAUUACGCUACCCAUCCAUUUUCGCUACCACGAUCCGUCGGAGCGGAAAUUCGAACGGAUUCAAGUGGAAAGUCCCACACUGUAUGUCCGGUGUCGGAAUGUACAGUCGAGCAAAUAUCCUUUGCGUGUGGUUGGCAAUGCGACCCUGCCGUGUUCCGAUAGUACGGAAAUCGAAGACUACGACGAUCUUCACAAUGCAAAGUUGUGCGAAUGGGACGAAAUGGAAUUUAAUAACCUUCCGACGGUGAUAAGCGUACUCAUCCCGGUCGGAAAUAGUGCGUCGUAUCAUUUUGUACUGCCAGCCACCAUCAUCGUCAGUUGGAUUGGUAGCCUGUACUUGAUCUAUGUGAUAAUGAACGUGGGACGAAGGGUGAACAAAAAAUUGUUAUAAAAAAAGGAUUCCAAAAACGUACACAUUGAUCUCACUUGCAUGCUUGCCUGCGUCGAGGGCAAUUCCAACGUCUAAUGCAAAAGCUUGCAUUUACUUUAUUUUAACUAGUAUAUAACGGUUCAUAAAUAUAACCAAUCUUUCUUAAU